UUUACAUAUCAAAUUCAUUGUCGAUAUAUGUUGUUUUUAACAUCAAAAUGAUAAAAAAAAUAUAAUAGAUGAUCACCAUUUUGGCAUUGUUAUUGAGAUAUUACCUGGAACGUAAUUAAACGUUUACCGGUGUUGCUAUAGUCUGCCUAUCUCACAUUGUUUUCAUUUAUCCAACUUUAAACAUAAUAAAUAAUAAACAUUGAUUAUAUUUCCAAUAAGUGAUCGGAAGAUUGGAAACGAAUACAGUUCAUCCAGUUGCUGGUAAACUUUAGACGAAUUUACAUAUUUUAUGUUAUUAAACAGUAAUGCAUACAAAAAAAAUCAUUUCUUUCAAUUGAAGGAAAAGUUUAGAAGGUUGAUACACAAUUAUGCAUUUAACAAAUUCAGCAUUAUUAUUUCUUGUGAUCCAAUUCACAGAAAUGAUUUACUGUUUGAAUAUGGCUGACGUUUGCUCGGCUGAUGAUGACAAGUGUAAGAAACCGAAUCUUUCUGGGGUCGGUAUGAUCGAAAAGGGUAUAUGUUCCUGGACAGGAGUACUUCUUAGAUUUCGCCAGCUGUCACUGCUUGAAUGUGCGAAGGAAUGUUUCAUUACGUCACAAUGCACGUCUAUUAAUUACCGAAAAAAUUGGAAAUUAUGUGACCUAGUGAUGUCCGAAACUGAUGGAAACAAGAUUGCCAACGACUCAACCUGUAUCAAAAGUAAUAUUACAACAUGGAAAAAGUCAUUGGCAGGAAACUGUGCAGACCACAACUGUGAAGAAGGACAAAAGUGCGAAUGCAAUGCCGAUGACAAUAGAUUUAAAUGCGUUGAAGCAUAUUGUAAAGGUUUACCCAAUACACCGCAUGCUGCAGUUGAUGAGCGUUUCGGACUGAGACGCAAUUUAGGUACUGGAAAUAAAUAUAAAUGUAAAAAGGGAUACAAAAUGGAAGGAACACCUUUCGCUGUCUGCCAAAGUCCUGGACAUUGGAAAGUAUUGUUUAAUUGCACCACGAAAGUAGAUGCGUGCAGUGCAAAGGGAUAUGAGUAUAACAUGACCAUGAAAACGUGUAUUAAACUAAAAGCUGAUAAAUCGAAUUGGGAUAAUGCAAGGAAAACUUGUCAACGACAACCAGAUGGAGAUUUAGUUAGCAUAACCACAAAGGAGAAGUGGGAUGUUAUUAUAAAAUAUCUAGAAGAGUCUGGCUUUAAAAAUGGUAAAAUAUGGAUAGGUCUCAAGGAUAAAAAAUGGAUGACAGGUAAUGUUUUCGAGAAUGUAUUCGAUAUUCCAGAUAUCACUGGCGCUGUAUUUAAAAAAUCAUGUGGUGUUAUUAAAAAGAACAAAAAUGGUAUGUUCACAACGGAGGAAGAAGAAUGUGCACAUAAAGAGAUUUUUCUUUGCGAAAUACUUAUCAUAUAAAGCUUACCUCUUGCUUUAUGCAUAAUAUUCAGGAUAAUAAUACAGAAAGUAUCUUCACUUUGUCAUUGGAGAGUUUGAUAAUGCUGAUUUUGCUAUUUGAAUAUCACAAAGAUGUAUUAUUUCAUUGUUGUAUGUUAUGACUUAUUUCAUUCGUGGUAAACAUGGAAACGAAAAGGCGUAUAUACAUCAAUAAAACAGAUUCCUACAGGUGAAAUUCUUCAACAUCUGUGGGUGUUGAUGAACGUUUGAUCUGGACUGAUUUCGUAGUGCAUUUUAUUUGAAUUGCAAUUAAUUUACGGAGUUUAUUGGUGUGUAGACCAAUCCGUCAGCUUACAAACAUAACAAAAGUGUGUUAGUAAGAUUGCCGAGGGAACUUUUCGGUGAGGUUGUUGUUCACUUUUGAAUAUAAUGAGAAAGUUCUUAUAAUAAUUUUUGCCGUUAUGUAUUUUCCGUUUUCCCUUAUUGGCAAGAUAUUUGAAGGCCUGUUGCAAUAAAUAAAUGACAAAUUUCAAAUAUUUUCGUACCCAUAUCUGACAGAAGUUUUUUCUGUGAACAUUUGAAGGUUGUUAUUUGAUAUAUGUGUAAUCCCCUGUGAAUGAGUGUGUUGGUGUGUAAUCUUAACCUUACACUUUACACUCCAAAACUAACAUGAAAUAAUGUGGACUUUUUUCAGAUUGUGAUUGAUCCCGCGGAGUGUACAAAUCCAUACACUCCUAUAUGACACUUUUUCAUUAUUAAUCUUAUUUUAAUAUCUAAAAAUGAGCAACAACAUUCCGGAAUUUUUAAAUCAGUUUGUUUUAUUAAAAGAUGUUGGUGUAAACGAAAUAUCUCUUUUGGAAAGUCUAUUGUUUAUACUUGAAUUACCCAAAAGUAUAUUGUCAAAAAUUUCAACUAUCACCUGUGUAUGACGUCACAGUGUCAGCAUACAUUACAUUACCUCACCUAGAUGACAUGAAACUUGUAAAGUGGUUUUUUUUCAUUUUUUUAGAGAUGUGUUCAACACUAGAAAACAUGAAAUAUCAUGUGUACUAUUUCUAUGCUGCUUAAAUAUUCAUUUGACUAAAAACAUCGCCAGUAUAUUGUUUGGUUCAUCGUUGGUCAAUAUUUUUAACUUUUGGGUAUUAUAUUUUUUAUAUUAUUGUAUGCUUUUCCUUUCUUUUGUUAAUGCCAUUUUCUAUAUUUUUAUAACUUUUGAAUGAUUCUUUUAUAUCUUUUAUUUCGUACACUGAUAGAUUACCAUAUAUAAAGAUAUUUCUAUUAUUAAACACACUUUGUUGAUUCUAGAUUUAUCUGAUUUUAUUUUUUGCUUUUGAGUUAAGUACUUGGUUUCAUUAAUGUAUAAAUGACCGCAAUUCUUCUUUUGUGUAUAUGUACUUUAUUUAAUAAAUGCUUAAAAUUAA